AUGCUGGAGUCUAACCAACGCCAAGUUCUUGAUUUUCAGCGGUUGGAAGCUGACACUCAUCCCAUGUGGUAAGUCAUCAGUCUGUUGCCAGCGAAACGAGAAAUAUAUACGUGUUCGGUUGCUACUGAAAAACAAUCAGUAAGAAGACAAGUUAUAUUUCAUUGGAUCGCACGCUGCUUAGUAACUUCGGCGAGUGGCUGGACAGUUUCCCUUGUGAAUAUUAGUCUUCUGUUUAUAGUUAGGAAGAAGAGAAGACUAUAAACGUUUCUCCUAAGCAUCAAAAAAUGAAAUUCGUUCUACCGCAAAUGAUAUUUUGUACACGACGAGCUGAGCACGAAAUCGACAUUUGGACUUCGUGCAGUUUCAAACAUCAUCGUUAAACAUCUAUGAAUCGAGGGCCGGAAUCUACUCCUCCGUAAACAAUCGACUUUACUGUCUAACAAAACGAGUCAAUUUUCGCCAGUUUAAAAAUUCCCUCCCCUUCACCACGUUCAUUACAAGGAAGUCUGCUGGUGUUAGGUGAAGUUUUUGAAGUACAAGUGUCAGCAUUUUUAUUUGACAAAACCGAGGAGGUGAAAAGUGACGGCGUGCCCUGUGAAUUUUGUGCUGAGGAAAUCCCACCGUUCAUUUUGGCUUCCAUCCAACAGAAACGGAGAACUACGCGACUGCGCUAAAACGACUGUGCUGGAACCCUAGAAAGGCUAAACCGGGGAGGGGGGACGCUGUUUUGAUCCCCAUUUAUUCAUGUCCUCCUUGAAGUCAUUCCUUACGCCACGACUGAAGGGUUGCCACCUGCCCAGGAAUUGGUCCCUGUUUCAUCGGCCUGCCAUCUCGAUCAACAACCGAGCGAUGCCUGAACGUGCCAUUUCUUCCCUGUACUUAAAAGUAAAUCACGGUUGUCUUGGCUAUUUAAAGCAGGGUAGCCGACUUGAUCGCGUGUCCGAUGACGGUUAAGGCGCCGUCACGAGUGACAGCUCGCCAGUAGUAGACUUAAGCUUAGCGUGCCAAGUCUAGCCCCCUAAUUAUGGAGGACUGAUUCUGGUCCUUGAAUGCAAGCAGAAAUUUGUUGAGGGAAAGCGGAAUCGCCACAGGAGGCAUUUUGUGAAUAGUAUGCCGUAUAAUGUGGAAUUGCCCCGUUAGUUGUCAGGGAAAUAAAGUCCGCCCCAGGAACAGUGGGAUACUUUGCGGUAAGGUGCGGUUAUGUAGACGCACCUAAUGGACGCAAUACUGUGACUGUCUCUGAUGAUGGGUUCAAGUGGGAAUCCGAAGCGUCAGGCGAAAAAAGCUCUUGUUCCAGCGAUCGCUUCUUCUUCUUCUUCUUCUUCUUCUUCUUCUUCUUCUUCUUCUUCUUCUUCUUCUUCUUCUUCUUCUUCUUCCUCCUCCUCCUCCUCUUCUUAUUCUUCUUCUUCUUCCUCCUCCUCCUCCUCCUCCUCCUCCUCCUCUUCUUAUGGACACAAUACAUCUGA